GGUUGUGGGGAAUUGGUUUAAAUUUGCAUGAUACAUAGAUGGGUGGACAUAGCGGUGAUACUAUGGAUUGGACCGAAGAAUGUGAAAAGUAUUUGUUAGAUAUUCUACACAAAAGAGUUAAAAGAGUUCCUAAUGGGGCUCCAAUCUUCAAAGGAACUGAUUAGGUUGAAAUGGAUGAACAAAUUUUUAUGAAAUUUGCUAUAAGAUAUGGCCCUGAGAAGUUGAAAGGAAAAUACCACCGUAUGAGAUCUGUGCAUACGAAGUUUAGUGAGUUGAUCAACCAUACAGGUGUCACAUGGGAUGCUGCAUCUGGAAAAGUAUUUGCUAAUGACACUGUUUGGGAUGAUUAUUUUAAGCGAGAUAAAGUUUUUAAAACAUUUAAGAAAAAGGGUUGCAAGAUCUAUCCAUUGUUGAGUCUUGUGUUCAGUGGUUCUACAACUUCUGGUGCUUUUCAUAAUGCAUCCACUUGUGCUCCUCAAACAUCAGAAGAAGAGCGUAGAAUUAAGGAUGAGUACCUAGAUGUGGGUAGUGUUGGCGAGAGUGCGUUUGAUGGGAGUAACCGGAAAGGAAAACGUAAGACUGAAAGGGACAUUAAGGGUCUACCCGUUACAAGAAGAGAGAAAAAAAGUAAUGGAAACUCCAAAUAUGAUAUCCUUUUAGAUGCAUGGUCAGACUCAAUGAUUGCUAGAAAGGAAAGAGAUUUACCAAAAGCAGAGAGAUAUAAGUCAAAGUAUGGACACACAACAAGCUUGUUUGUAGAGGAAUACUCUGUUGGUGAUUGCAUGGCUACAUUGGAAGCUACACAGGGUGUUAGUUCUAGAUCUUACAACAAGGCAUUAUCGUUCUUUCCUGAUAUUAAUUGGAGAAAAAUGUUCCUAAUGAUGUUUGAGAAUAGGAGGAAAGAUUGGCUUGAUUCUUUGGAUGAGUAGUUGUUUUACAAUGUAGGGA